UUUGUGUUACUGGUUUGUUUAUGACGCGGUGCACUGCCUCCGUUAGCCUCACAGUUGGCCAAGUGUAUGUUAUUCUUAAACGCGCUUUUUGGUUUCUGCUGUCAUGGCAGAUAUUAUGCUGUGAACGAGACAGAGCGGUAGAAAGCUAGUUAGCAUUAGGCGUUGGUCAGUCGUAGGAACAAAUUACAUUUGUUAGCCUAGCAUUUAGCUAGCCUACUGUAACGUUAUGACGUGACGUUGGACAGGAAAGUGGUUGUUUGACGACGCCUGGCCCAAGUCUUGUAAAUUAUACGAUAAAUCUCGAGCAGGCAGUAUAUAGAGAGAUAAGCGCAUGUGUGUGACACUUCCAUCCACAGGUUAGGCUUUUAGACAGCUGCCUGGCGACUAAACUUUGACGAGCUAGUUAGCUAAAUUCAUGUUAGCAUGGCGUCAGAUACAAGUGACACCGAGGAAUUCUAUGAUGCUCCCGAGGACGUUAAUUUUACUCCAUCUCCAAAAGUGUCACCUGCAAAGUUUGUCAUUCCUUCACCUCAGCUUCCACAGAGAUCGGUAAAUGCUGCACAAGAAGUGGCCGCAUCGGAGACUCAGCAAGAUGAUUCCCUACUGAUCAUUGAUAGCAUAAUUGAGGAGAGUCAAAAGGGAAGUGUUGGUGAGGUGGCUCAGCUGUUAGAUCAGCUAAAUGUUGAUGUAAGAGCAGAACCGGAGCCACAGGAAGAUAAUAAUGCUCAGGAAGUUCCUGUGGAGUUAGCAGCGCCAGCUCGUGAACCUCAGCUUGCGGAGAGGCCAGAAGAACAACAGGAACAUGCAGCAAUGAACGGAGCGUGCUCUAUACCUGCCCCUGAACCCACAGAUUUCCCAGGACCAUCAGUUGGAUCAAAAGAUGGUGUUCAGCCCCCAGACAUCACCAGCACUGUAGGACAGAAUCAUCCUGAUGGGGCAGCUGUGGGUGCAGAAGGGGAGCAGGAGCAGAGACCGGCAGAUAUCUUAGACCAGGUCCCCUUCACAGACGGGCAGGCUGACUCAGACUCCUCUGGGCCUAUGAAACCCCCACGGCAAUUCACAGUGGAACCAGACAUCGUAGCCAGCACCAAGAAGCCUCCUCCCUCACGUCCACCCCCUCCCAGUGGAGGUCCUCCACCAAGACCACCUCCACCGUCUUGGCAAAGUCUGCCUUCCAAGAAGUCUCAGGAAUGUCUGAGGCUGAGUGGACUGGAAGUGUCUGCGGUCGGUCCAGUCAGCGGCGAAGCUCUGGAGCCUUCUGGCCUGUUGUCCCCUAGCAGCACAGUGAGGAGUCUUACCAAAGAGCUGCAGCAUUCCCUUGAUCUGGCCAGUGCCACCAGUGGGGACAAGGUGGUGACAGCACAGGAAAAUGAGGAUGAACAGGCCUCUUCUCAGAGUGGAGGACAAACUCCAGGCCCUCAGCGUCCACGUUCCAACUCUGGUAGAGAACUGACAGAUGAAGAAAUCCUGGCCAGUGUGAUGAUCAAGAAUCUGGACACUGGGGAAGAGAUCCCUCUAAUCCAAGCAGAGGAGAAACUUCCUGCAGGGAUCAACCCCCUCACCCUGCACAUUAUGAGGAGGACCAAGGAGUACAUUACGAAUGAUGCAGCACAGUCAGAUGAUGAUGACAAGUCUCAGGCGCCACUGGCUGACACAGAUGGUGGAAAACUGAAACAGAAAACAACUCAGUUCAAGAAAUUCCUGGGCAAGUCUGUGAAAAAAGCCAAGCAUCUCGCUGAGGAGUAUGGAGAGAAGGCAGUCAACAAAGUGAAGAGUGUGCGUGAUGAAGUGUUCCAUACAGAUCAGGACGAUCCGUCGUCAAGUGACGAUGAGGGCAUGCCUUACACCAGGCCUGCCAAGUUCAAGGCAGCACACAGCUUCAAGGGUCCAUUUGACUUUGAUCAGAUUAAGGUUGUGCAGGACCUGAGUGGAGAGCACAUGGGGGCUGUUUGGACGAUGAAGUUCUCUCACUGCGGGAGGUUGCUGGCAACUGCAGGCCAAGAUAAUGUGGUCCGCAUCUGGGUGUUGAAGACUGCCUUUGACUACUUUAAUAACAUGAGAUUAAAGUACAACACUGAAGGUCGAGUUUCACCAUCUCCCUCUCAGGAAAGUUUAUGCUCCUCUAAAUCUGAUGAUCCUGGGGCAAGUUGUGUUCCAGAGGACCCAGAGACAGAAGAUAGGAAUGCCCCUUUCCGUCAAGUCCCAUUCUGCAAGUAUAAAGGUCAUACGGCUGAUCUGUUGGACUUGUCCUGGUCAAAGAACUUUUUCCUACUCUCCUCCUCCAUGGAUAAAACAGUCAGGUUAUGGCACAUAUCCAGGAGAGAGUGUCUCUGCUGCUUUCAGCACAUUGAUUUCGUCACAGCCAUUGCUUUCCAUCCCAGAGAUGACAGAUACUUUUUGAGUGGCUCUCUGGAUGGAAAGCUACGGCUCUGGAACAUUCCAGACAAGAAGGUGGCGCUGUGGAACGAGGUAGACGGCCAAACGCGCCUCAUCACUGCAGCUAACUUCUGCCAAAAUGGGAAGUAUGCUGUCAUCGGCACCUACGAUGGCCGAUGCAUCUUCUAUGACACAGAGCGUCUGAAGUACCACACUCAGAUUCACGUGAGGUCCACCAGAGGCAGGAACAAAGUUGGCCGCAAAAUCACCGGCAUUGAACCUCUACCUGGAGAGAAUAAGAUUUUGGUAACCUCAAAUGAUUCCCGCAUUCGCCUUUAUGACCUGAGGGACUUGUCUUUAUCCAUGAAAUACAAAGGUUAUGUUAACAGCAGCAGCCAGAUCAAGGCGAGCUUCAGUCAUGACUACUCCUUCAUAGUCAGUGGCUCAGAGGAUAAGUACGUGUAUAUCUGGAGCACUUACCAUGACCUGAGCAAAUUCACAUCUGUACGACGGGACCGCAAUGACUUCUGGGAAGGAAUUAAAGCACACAAUGCAGUGGUCACGUCAGCGAUUUUUGCACCCCACCCCGGCCUUAUUGUUCCACAAGAAACUGGAGCAGAGAAACCAGAAGCAGAGUGUAAGAGUCUGGACUCCACAGACUCUGAAACAAUACCCUCAGGAGCCCUAAAGACAGAUCACACAGAGGUUCUACUCUCUGCCGACUUCACUGGAGCCAUCAAGGUUUUCAUCAAUGUAAAAAAGUACUGAGCACUUCAGAAGUUGUCAGCUCCUCACAUUCAGCCUGUCUGUUGGAUGAAGGACAGCCCGUCGGGCCAUCUAACAUCACCCUACUACCUAAUGGCCAAUGCUCUGAGACAAAGAGCCAUCUGUAGCUUUUUCGGGAGAACAGGGACCCUAAAAUGGAAGAUGAGGGAAUGGGUGGAAGAACUGUACAAAAAGAACAAGGUGUGAUUCCCUGACACAUUUCUAUUUUUUAUCUUUAAUACCAAGCAACUGUGAAUGGUUUGGCAUUAAGAGGUAAAGGGCUGGAAAUGCCGAGUGUGUGUGUUCAGAUAUGUAUGUGUAAAUUUACGGCUGUAUGGUCAAGACUGAGCUUAGCUUGAAGGGUAUUUGUAACUGUACGGGCACCUUAGUUUCUCCCAGAUUUCCAAAAAAUUUGGUGAAGUCCCUAAGAAGUGCAAGACACUGUCCCAAUCUCAGUCACAGAUUUUAAUGUGUCAAGAGAACAAUUUGUAACCAUUUGUCUUGAAAGCAAGGUGGUUUGAAAUGUUACUUACAAAUUAUUUGUGCCUACAAAAUCUAGAUCGCUUUUCUAAAUUCAACUUCUCAAGCUUUCCUCUAAAAGAUAUCAAACAUUUCAGUGGAUGAAAGCAAAUCCAGGGUGCAGGUAAUCUGUAGACGGUUACUAAUGAUUAGGGCUGGGUAUCUUAAAUUUUUUCAGAAACAAUUCUGGCUCUUAAGUACUUUUGAUAAAUUGUUUUGUUCAAUGAAAGCACAUUUCAUUUAAUAUAAUAGUACUGUAAAUUUAGUGUGUAACAUCACAUACUGCUUUUGUAAACAGAACCAAAUGAUGCUCUAUUAAUGUCCUCAAUAAAAAUCCCCACAAACUUGAA